AUGAAUAAGCCCUUCAAGCAGAGGGAGAUGGGAAACUAUUUGAAGAAGCAUAGAAUAAAACUAGCAGGGAUACUUGUAACUCGAGUGAAGGCAGCUAAGUUUACUAAUAGCCUAGCCAAAAUUGCUAAAGGAUGGAAGUUUGCUCAUAACUAUGCACAUGCUGUAAAUGGUAGAAUAUGGCUAAUAUGGCAUGAUGCUGCUGUUAAUGUUUCGAUAUUGGACAUACAUGGAGAAUAUAUUCAUUGUAAAGUUGUUGAUAGAAAGUCUAAUUUUAAAUGUGUAAUGACAGUGAUAUAUGGAAAGAAUACUAUAGCGGAAAGAAGAGACCUAUGGGCUGGACUUUUGAGGGUUGGAAGUGUUAUAAAUGAACCAUGGUGCAUCUGUGGUGAUUUUAAUACUCCCUUACACACUACAGACAAAACAGGUGGGCAACCAGUCACAGAAUACGAAACAAGAGAAUUUCAAAAAGUCUUAAACUCUCUCAACUUGACAGAUAUGAAAGCUUCUGGAAGAUUUUAUACUUGGACAAAUAGGCAUGUAUGGAGCAGAAUUGACAGAGCUUUAUGUAAUGCUCCUUGGAUCAUGGAAUUUGAUAUUGGCUUGAUGGAAAAGGAGAAGGAAGCAUUGGAUGAGCUAAAUAAGUGGUCGGACAUACAGGAAAAAAUUCUAAAGCAAAAAGCUAAGGCACACUGGAUAAAUGCUGGGGAUGGGAAUAACAGAUAUUUUUUUGCUUGUAUGAAGGCUAGGGCUAGUUCAAACAAUAUAUCUGUAUUAAAGGGAGGUGAUGGUAGAGUAUUGCAGAAGCAUGAUGAUAUUAAGGAUGAAAUCCUUCAGUUCUACAAAGGGCUCCUAGGAUCUACUGCUAACAGAGUGCCUUGUAUUGACUUGAAUAUUAUGCGACAGGGACCUAGUCUUACCAUGCAACAACAAAGGGAUAUGUGUUCGGAGAUAACUCAAGAGGAAAUCAAAGCUGCUCUCUUUAAUAUUGAUGAUAACAAGGCCCCAGGGAUUGAUGGGUUUAAUGCUCUAUUUUUUAAAAAAGCUUGGCCUAUUGUUAGAGAGGAUGUAUGUGAUGCUGUCCAGGAAUUCUUCCAAAGAUGCAAAAUGCUAAGAGCUGUGAACAAUACAGUGGUGACUUUGGUGCCAAAAUCUACUCAUCCAAAGACUGCGCGAGAUUUUAGACCUAUAGCAUGCUAUUCUACUCUUUAUAAAAUUAUAUCCAAAAUCAUCUCAGGAAGAAUCAAAGGUGUAAUUGAUGAAAUAGUAGGGCAUAGUCAGUCUGCCUUCAUACCUGGAAGACUUAUAUCAGAUAACAUAAUUUUAAGUCAUGAGUUGGUCAAAGGGUACACUAGAAAACACAUAUCUCCAAGGUGUAUGAUCAAGGUAGACUUGCAGAAAGCUUAUGAUUCAGUAGAAUGGUACUUCAUUGAACAAAUGCUUAAAGAACUUGGUUUUCCCGGAAAAAUGGUGUGCUUGGGUACAUUGAAGGAUGAGCCUGAGUUUAAUUUUCACCCGAGAUGCCAGAAGUUGGGAAUCACGCACCUUUGCUUUGCAGAUGAUUUGCUACUGUUUGCUAGGGGAGAUACCAAGUCAGUCCAGAUGCUUAGGGAUAGAUUUGCCCUAUUCUCUGAGGCUUCGGGGCUAAAAGCAAAUCUCAACAAAAGUCAAGUCUAUUUUGGAGGGGUAGAUGAGGAUACAAGAAUGAAUAUUCUGAACUUGCUGGGGAGGCUGCAACUCAUCAAAGCUGUCUUAUUUGGGGUUAAAGCAUACUGGUCACAGUUAUUUCUUCUGCCUCGGAAAGUGAUUAAACUGAUUGAGGCUACAUGUAGAAGUUACUUGUGGACAGGUUGCUAUAUGCAAGUUGUUCUGGGCUCUAAGACAACACAAGGAGAAAUUAUGGAUCACAUGGGUACAUACAUACUAUAUAAAGAAACUGGAUCUAUUCACUAUGGUGGUGCCAAAUCAGGCUUCAUGGAUGGAUGUGCUAAGUUGGAUGAAGUGGCAAAGAACCAUCUUGAACUGGGAAUUGGAGUGGCGAUGGGUUUCUGA